AUGAGUCACGAUGAGGAACGAGUGAGCGGGCGACGGUUUGAAGAGGACGAAGAGGUGGCGCUGGACUCGGAUGGGCUGCCCCUGCUCGCCAUGGUGCGCAAACCUCUCGGCGACCCCGUCAUCACCGUUCGCCACCUCAGCAAACACUACAGCAUCGAGGGGCGGCAGGACGUGGUGAAGGCCCUCCACGACAUCCACCUCGCUCCCGGCUCCGAGUUCUACCCCAUUCGUAGGGGCGAGUUCGUGAUGCUGCGCGGCCCGUCGGGCGGCGGCAAGACGACGAUGAUGAACAUCCUGGGCACCAUCGACAAGCCCACCGGCGGCACCAUCGAGUUGCUGGGGACCCCGAUCACGGCCAAGUCCGACGACAACUUCCUCGCCAUGCUCCGACUCGAGAAGAUCGGGUUCGUGUUCCAGACGUUCAACCUGCUGGCCACCAUGUCGGCCUACGAGAAUGUGGAGCUGCCCAUGACCAUCCUCGGCAAGCUCUCCGCCAAGCAGUGCAAGAAGCGCACCCGCGACCUUCUCGCUCUCGUUGGCCUGCGGGACAGAGAGCAGCAUUUGCCUUCGGAGCUGUCCGGUGGUGAACAGCAGAGAGUGGCGAUCGCGCGUGCGCUGGCCAAUGAGCCGGUGAUCCUACUGCUCGACGAGCCCACGGGCGAUCUCGACACGAAGAACACGAUCCAGGUGAUGGACCUCCUGCUCUCCAUCAACCAAAAGCUCAAGACCACCUGCCUCAUGGUGACGCACAACCCGGAUCUGGAGUGCUACGCGGAUCGGGUGCUGUACCUGCAGGACGGGCGCUUCCACCGCCAGGCCCUCAACACCAGACAGUCUCCCCUUCAGUACGACGUGUACAUGGAGUACCUCAACCAGCAGCAGGCCGAUCUGUGCGAGCUCACCGACGAGGACGAGAACGACGACGCUGAACCCAUCAACUUCGAAGAGCAGCUCGAAGCCGAGGCCGACUAG